AAUACUAAAUAAUACAUCAAAUGUGACAGCUUUGCAAAUUUUGAAUCAAAAAUUUGCAGUUGUCAAUUUUGACAGAAAAUUAGGACAAAAAUAAAAGUUAUUACAGUUCCAAAAUUGAAGGUAAAAGUUGUGCGUAAAAUUAAAAAUAAGAUGGCUACGAAAACUAUAGCAAGUGCGACUGUUCGGGCUGUAAAGAAACGAAUGCUGCCUUCUAGAGCAGCUCUUAUAUUAACCCCAUCAGCUGUUCAAAAAAUUAAAGAAAUUAUGGCAAAGGAAGAGGCUAAAGGUUUUAUUGGCUUAAAAGUUGGUGUUAGACAAAGAGGUUGCAAUGGAUUAUCUUAUACUCUUGAUUAUGCUUCUGCUAAAGGAAAACUUGAUGAAGAAGUAAAACAAGAUGGUGUGACUAUUAUAAUUGACAAAAAAGCACAGUUGACAUUAUUAGGAACUGAAAUGGAUUUUGUACAAGAUAAGCUGUCAGCAGAAUUUGUGUUUAAUAAUCCUAACAUCAAAGGCACAUGUGGUUGUGGAGAAUCCUUCAGUGUAUGAAUAAUCCCAAAUUAAUUAAUAUGAUAUAGUAUUUUUAAAAUCAUAUGACUGCUUUAAGCAUACCAAGCAUAUAUUAUUUUGCAUGGUAUGUGAAAAGAAGUGUUCAUGAAUUAAUUUUUAAAAAAUCUAAAAAAGGCAUUGUUGAAUUUUUACAGUUAUUUUUUUAUUAUAUUUUAUUUUUGGAAAAAAAACACUGGGUUUAUUUUAAAGUUGCUUCUAAUUUUCUUUUAAAUAUUAGUUUUGUAUAUAGAUAGAUAUUGUGUUUUCUUGUAUAGAAUAGCAUAAUUGUAUAGGUGUAGAUUGCUGUAUAGCAUUUAGUGAUAAGAUAUCUCAUAUAAUUAUGAAUUUAGUUAAUUGUAAAAUUACCAUCAUUUUGUUUAACUUGUUUAGUUAAUG